CUUUUGGUGAAAUUUCACUAAAAUAUCAAAUAAUAAGAAAUUUUUAGUGUUUUCAGUUGACAAAAUUAUGAAAAAAAAGACUUUUAAAAUGAUAAUUGCCACCUGGAACAUAAACGGAAUAAGAACAACUUUGUCCAAAACUCCUCUAAAAAAAUUGUUUCAAGAACUUGGUUGUGAUGUGAUUUGUUUGCAAGAAACUAAAAUUACAGGGGACUAUCUUGAUGGGAGCACUGCAAUUGUGGAGGAAUGCAAUUCAUAUUUCAGCCACUCUAAAGUAAAAUCUGGAUACUCAGGAGUUGCAAUUUUUGCUAAAAACAACUUCACACCCGUAUCAGCUGAGGAAGGUCUGACAGGGAAAUUAAGAGCCAAUCAGAACGCCCCAAAUUCACAAGUAGGUAAUUCUGGCGAUGACCUGACACAGUUUUCUGAUGGCCUGACCCAGUUUUCUGAUGACCUGAACCAGUUUUCUGAUGAUGAACUGCUGGCAUUGGAUGGGGAGGGUAGAUGCUUGAUGACAGAGCAUAUUAUACUAGAUAAUGAAGAAAGAGAGAGGAAAUUGGUCAUCAUAAAUGUUUACUGCCCAAGAGCAGACCCAGACAGGCCAGAGAGAUUGUCAUUCAAACUGAGGUUCUAUCAACUUUUGCAGAUCAGAGCUGAAGCACUCCUCAAAAGUGGAAGGCACGUUGUGAUAGCAGGAGACAUCAACACAAUCCAUAAACCUAUUGACCAUUGUGACCCUGCCAGUGACCAGGAGUUCAUGGAAGAUCCAGGCCGGCAGUGGAUGGACGGAUUCCUUCGUAGCUCUCCAACUCCAUCACUUCCACCACAGAACAACCUUCUUUUGCCACAACUUCGCCAAGAACGCCAACCAAAAUUUGUUGAUCUGUUGAGAUUAUUUGAACCGAAGACUGCCAACUUAUUCACAAACUGGUGCUCUACAACGGGUGCCAGGGCCACUAACUACGGAUGUCGACUCGAUUAUAUAUUCGCUGACAUUGAAUUCGCUUCGACUUACUGUACGAGCUGUUACAUCAGACCAGAUAUCAUGGGUUCCGAUCAUUGCCCUGUCGUCGCUCACUUCAACUGUCGAGUUAUUCCUGCCGAAAGAUGCCCACCGCUCUGUUCCAAAUAUCUGCCACAGUUUGCGGGUAAGCAGACGAAACUGUCGACUUAUUUCGUCUGCGGUGACUUGAGUUCUUCUCAAGAAAGUUGCUCUGGUAGCGGUCGUGGUGUUAGUGAUUUCAGCUCCAGUAGUAACUUUAGUAUCGGUAGUAUUAAUGAUAGUUACGAGAAAAGUAAUAAACAUGGCUCGCCGUUAAGCAUUACAAAUAACAAACGAACGUUGGGCGGUAAGUGUAAAAAAGCAUCUAAUUUUAAAACCGACAGCAAGACGAUUAUUAAAUUUCUUUCUCGUGAGAAGUUGCAUGCCAACUCUGAAACACAUUCGACGAGUGAAAUUAAGACGAAUUUUGACGAAAGUGUUGACAGCCUGGAAGACACAAAAAACAGAACAAACUUAAUCAAGGACAACCUGAAAAUCACCGCAACAUCUUAUUUUCAGUCAUCUUCACUAAUGGAAACAAAACCGCCUCAAUCCAAACCGACAAAACUGAACGAAUCGUGGGGGAAGCUACUGAAGGGUCCACCGAAAUCUCCCUACUGCACGGGCCACAACGAGCCCUGUGUUUUGAGGACGGUGAAGAAGGAGGGACCUAACAAGGGAAAGCAGUUUUGGGUCUGCUGUAGACCUGAAGGCCACAAAUCUAACCCGGCAGCUCGUUGUGAUUAUUUUCUUUGGAUCCAUGGAAAAUAACUUUUUUAUUUUCGUUUCAUUUUUGCUCUUCACUUAUAUUUUUUUAUUUGAUUAAAAGUUAAUUGAAUUGUAAGUUUUUUUAAAAUAGAAGCUUUACCGUUCUAAUUUUAUAAUUGAGAGGGCUGAGGCUCGUUAAGAAAUGUAAAAAUAAAAAAAAUUACUUUUUA